AUGGAUUUCCGUCGUCUCCUCUUCCUCCUCCUCGUCAUCUCCGCAUCCACCGACUCUUCCGCCGCCGCAUCUUUUCCGUCUGCCUAUGAGGUCCUCCAGCAGUUCGAGUUCCCAGUGGGCCUCCUGCCCGAGGGGAUCACAGCAUACGACCUGGAUACCGGGACGGGCAGUUUCUCGGCCCAGCUGAACGCCACGUGCAGCUUCGAGCUCGAGAACAAGUACACGAUCCGGUAUGAGCCCAUCAUCGAGGGCGUGAUCAUGACAGGGAGGAUCGAGGACCUGAAGGGUGUGAGCGUCAGGGUCCUGAGCAUGGUGUGGCUCAGCGUGGUGCGUGUGGUCAGGGCAGGGCCAAAACAUUAA